GACGCUACUUGCCUGGGAGCAGAACCCUCGACCACUGCUCCCAAUGUCAUGCGCGCUCAGGAUCCAAAGUCGAUUUCAAGCUGUAGCCCUAGACUUGCUCCGAAAAUGAACUACCCACCUCAAAGCUGGGUACGGCCUGAAAUAUGGCGCGGCGCGUCCGGUUCCAUUUUCAGAGAAGUUCUUGGGCUAUAACUGGACGUUGCCUUUGGUUAUUCCUUCUCGCCGUGAUGUCAUCACUCGAGCAGGGAAUUUGCUGAAGUAAUCACCGUUCGCGUUCCAACUCUCUCUCCGCCUCUUUCUCUCCUUCUACUACCAUGGCCGCGCCCUCCGGGAUCACCUACAAAGCAAAGCGUUCUAACCGAGAGGUCCUACGGGAGCGCCUCCAGAACAAUUCAGCUCUCCGAGAUCACUUCCAGUCUAGUCGCGAUGUUCACCACUACAAGAAGCUGACACGUCCGACUAUUCGUAAUCAUGAUAUCGUCAAAAGUCAUUAUAGAGACUUUGCGGCUUACACUCAAGAAUGUUUCGAAGAAGGCAGGUCCGAGAAACAAGCCCAGCCUGCAGAAAUUGUUAUAGGAACACCCUUGCCUCCAUUAGAAUAUGUGAAGGACUUUGUCUGCUAUUUAGCAUCUGCCCUCCUCGGUAGAGAUGCCUCCACUUUCAUCCGUUUGGAAACCCUGAGGGGCUAUAUGUACACCUUCCUUGCACUGUGGCCUCGCUACGCAAACGUCCAUCCAACUUUGGAAAUGCGCUACCAAGUGCGCUCCUAUCUGUUAUCCGAGGAACUGCAGGCCUCUGUGAAACUGUCCACCAAGAUCAGGACAUUGAAGCACAUCGAACCUCAAUGUCUUCAAAUCAUCAUGGAGACUCUUCAUUCAUCCACAAAUAUCUUUCGCUCUAACCGAACUCGCCUGCAAAUGGCAUUCCUCAUUCUCUUCUCUGCUGCUUCUGCUGCUCGUCCUGGUUCCGUCGUUGAAUCGGCUUGUUAUCGAGGUUCCAACGAGGCUCUCACCUGGGGUGACAUCGAUUUUUAUCUUAUUCCUGAUGAUGAGGAUCCGGCUCAUCCCUCCCUUGUCGUCGACAUUCAACUCAACCUUGUCAAGGGUUAUCGCAACGUGGACCACCGAUAUCAAAAACUGCUGUUCACCCUCGAACUUCGCAAGGAGCAUCGCAUGACAUGUAUUGUUCUGCCUCUUCUAGGUCUCGCGUUCCAUGAUUCAGUCUUCGCUCAUUUUCACUCUAUUGAGAGUCUCCUUUGCCCUGAAAAACCACCCACCACGCGAGUCAAGAUUUUUCUUCGAAACGAAGUGUUGACUCUUCCUGUGUUGCGAAAGGAGGAAAAAGGAGGGGGUGGCAAAGUAUCGAGGACUGACGCAUUCCACUAUGAUGGAUUGAAUCGUUGUCUGAAGCUACUGUCUAUUGCUGCAGGAUUCCCAGAAUCCAUCACUCCUUAUGACUUCCGUGCGUCUCAGGGAAACAAAGCAGAUGUGGAUCUUGGAGAAACGGCAAGAAAGACGUUGAUGUUACAUGACCCAAAUUCCAAAGUUUAUUUCGCAAAUGCUGACCAGAAAUGUCAGAAUAAAUACAAAUCGAAGACAAUGACUGCUGACCUAUCCGCUGUAUCUAAUCGUAGAGGUCAGGAUGAAAAUAGAAUAACACUCUUUCGGACAGUUAUUGCUGCCUCAUCAGGUCGAGAUACUAAUGCACCUCAACAUCUGUCUUUGGAGGAGAGGGCGAAACUUUUGAAUGAGCCGGAACUUGUCAAGCUACAAAACGAAAAGGAUGAGGCCACGAACAAAAUUCAGCAAUUGCUAGCUAAUGAACAGUCCGAAGAAGUCGAAAAACAAAUCAUUGAGUUGCGUCAAAUUGCGGCCAAAGCCUCAAAUGGCCAUCGUUUCCUGUACUUGCGAGAGUCGUGUCUGCGUAUCAAACAAGCUCGUCAAGAAUUCUUUGACAACGCUGCUGUCCGCCAAAUGCUCAAUCCAGCUGAGCCAGUUUCGCGCAUGAGUGCUGGUGGCUCAGAUGACAAGAAAUAUAGGGUCGAAUCUUCAUUCCUAAGUCUUGUCAACGAUCUUGACAGUGGUGAUCCUGUUACGGAUUGUUGCACACUUGUCAACAUUCUUAUUGCGCAGCCAGAACGGAUACUUUUUCAGAAAUUCUAUCCCGGUGAAAGACCUGAUGAGGAAAACAGAUGUCCUCAUUGCUCACAAGAGCUCUUCACAAUGUCAAGUACUAAACCAGGUGAACACGUCCACCUCUGCACCAGAAGGAUUCUUUCAGAGAAGGCUACCGCUCAAAUUCAAGCAAAUUUUUCCUCCCAAGAAUGCAAAUAUGGAAAAUGUCUCGAACAGUUCGAUCAGCGCUCAGAGUUUAUAAGUCAUCUAAUGACACAUAUCAAGUUCGCUCGAAAGAAGUCAAACCAUUGUAAAUGGCAAAUUGCCCCGGGGGUCUCUUGCGGUGCAGAGGACAUCAAGGAUUGGAGAGAACACUUUGCUGAGAUUCAUGGUAUUAACCUUGAUCAAUGCAUCUUCACAGAGUAUUGUACGAUCUGUGGAGUAUGGCUCUACGACAUCCUUGGUGACCGACAAGUGUUCAGCAAUCACCAUCUUGCUCAUUACCAGGAUCUAUUCGACUCGUUCAGUUCACGGCCUCCAGAGGGCGCUAGUGUCUCUCUCUCACCUAUUGGGAUCAUCGAAACCGAAAAAUAUAUUGAAUACACUCCUGGAUCGGGAUUCGACGGGGAAUUGCCUGAAUUCCAUGGGAAUUUCUCCGAUGGCAUCGCUCUGGUCCCUGCUUUCUGCCCAAGUUGUGUGUUUGACGAAAAAUUGCCUAUGUACAUGCGGAUGCAUCAAUUCAGCAACGUCUUCCAUUUUAUGGAGCAUUUCAAUAACAUUCAUCGGCCGCUUUUUACCGAAUCCGAAAAUCUAUGUCCUGUCCCCUCCUGCGGUCACCACCGUUUCACCAAACAAGAACUUGUGAUUCAUUUCAUCAAAUUUCAUCGUAAGCAUUACAAGGUCAAACGUCUUCUCCUUCCGUCGCCCGACAUGGAGGUAGUGAAAUAUAAGAGGAGGAAGAAAUCAGAGGGCUUCUGGUGUAUUGGGUGUUCUAGCGAGGUCAACGACAUCAACAAACAUCUGCAAAGGCCGCAAAACAGUGAGAAAGCAAGGGAAUGCGCUCGGAUUGGGAAGUACUCUGUCAUUGCUAACGGUGAACGUGGUCCUGUCCAGCUUUGGACUGCUCCGGUAUUGCCUUGA